CUGUGGGAGCAGGCAGCAGCUCAUUACGUGCUCUGGCAAUACUACAUAACAAGUCUUUCAAGGGUGUGGUGAAUUCCAGUUUUCCAACAUGGAGACGCUGUUCACAAUUCUUGCAGGAUUAGCUGUUCUGCUAAUUUUUCUGCAUGUCCAGCAUCCUUAUUUUCUGCACGAUUGCCGCUACAUCUGGACAGUUUUCAGCAUAAGGUCAAAGAGGCUGAAAAUCACAGAGAAAAACUAUACUAUCCUGGACUGUUUUCUCGACAGAGUGAAGACUCAACCAGACAAACCGUUCAUUGUUUUUGAGAAUAAAGGAUACUCUUUUCUAGAUGCGGACAGACAGAGCAAUAAAGUUGCAAGAGCGCUGAAGACCCAGGGAUGUCUGAGAGAGGGGGACACCGCUGCCCUUUUGAUAGGAAAUGAACCUUGUUUUGUAUGGGUCUGGCUCGGACUUUUCAAGUUAGGCUGUGCUGUUGCGCUGCUGAAUUACAAUAUCAGGUCAAAAUCCUUACUGCAUUGCUUCUCCUGCUGUGGUGCGAAAGUUCUCAUAGCUGCUUCAGAGUUCAAAGAGGCAGUUGAAGAAAUGCUGCCAAUGCUGAGAGAGCAGAAUAUCUCUGUCUACAUCCUCACUAAAGACUGUGACACGCUGGGCAUGGAAAGCCUCGCUGACAAGAUCGAAGAGGCGUCCGACGAAGCACUGUCGCCACACCUUAGGUCAAAUGUCACAAUGGGAAGCCCAGCAUUCUACAUCUACACAUCUGGCACAACAGGGCUUCCCAAAGCUGCUAUGGUGCCUCAGCAGAAGGUUUGGGGAGCAACUUUCCUGCUAACGUUUGGAGGAGCCACCUCUACAGAUGUGAUCUACAUCUAUCUUCCCCUGUAUCACUCUUCUGCACUGAUGAUAGGGCUAACUGGUGCAAUUGACAAGGGUAUAACAGUCAUUUUGAGGCGGAAAUUUUCAGUCUCUCAGUUCUGGGAGGACUGCAGGAAACACAACGUUACAGUGAUUCUGUACAUUGGGGAGCUAAUGCGCUAUCUCUGCAACAGUCCAAAGACAGAGAAUGACCGAAACCACAAAGUAAGACUAGCGAUCGGCAAUGGCAUCAGAGCCAAUGUCUGGAGGGAGUUUGUGAAUCGAUUCGGUAACAUUGGCAUUAAAGAGCUGUAUGCGGCUACAGAGGGAAACAUGAGUUUUAUGAACUAUGUAGGGAAGAUUGGAGCAGUUGGACGAGUUAAUUUCUAUCACAGGAGAGUUUUCCCCUAUGCACUGAUUAAAUACGAUGUAGAAAGAGAUGAACCAAUAAGGGACUCCAGAGGUCUGUGUAUUGAAGUUCCUAAGGGUGAAACAGGGCUGUUUAUAUCAAAGAUCUCCAAGUUUGCCCCUUUUACUGGAUAUGUGAACAAUCCUCAGCAAUCAGAGAAGAAGCUACUGAGGAAUGUCUUUCAGAAAGGAGACCUGUACUUCAACAGCGGAGACCUGCUGAGGAUUGAUCAGGAAAAUUUCAUCUACUUCCAAGACCGUGUUGGAGACACUUUUCGGUGGAAAGGGGAGAAUGUCGCCACAACUGAAGUGUCAGACAUCCUCACAAUGAUGGACUUUAUUGAGGAAGCAAAUGUGUAUGGUGUUCACGUGCCAGGUCAUGAAGGGAGGAUAGGAAUGGCUGCUGUAAGACUGAAAGAAGGCAAAGAGUUUGACUGCUCCGGCACAUACAGCCAUGUUGCCAGCUACCUGCCAUCUUAUGCCUGGCCAUGUUUCAUAAGGAUUCAGAAUUCUUUACUGAAAACUGGAACCUUCAAGCAAAUCAAAGUAAACCUAAGGGCGGAGGGCUUCAAUCCAUCUGAAAUUCAGGAUCCUCUGUAUUUUCUGGAUGACAAACAACAGAACUGCAUACCAAUGACACAGGAGGUCUACGAUUCUAUUGUUUCAGGGAGCAAAAAGCUAUGAAUUCAUAUGUCAAUAAAUACUCUCUGAAAGCCUAAUAUGCACGGGUCAAUGAGCACCACGGGUAACAAUGGCAAUAAAUGCCUGUAAUUUUUUUUUUCUUUAUCUUUAUUCGCAUACAAGCAGAAUGAAUUCCCAUGAAACAUAUUUUACAGACUAUAUCAAAAAGAGAAUAAGGAAAAAUUCAGUUUUCCUUUC